AUGACGAGCAUCACAAGAAACUUACCACCCUUUGUCCGCGACCUGGGCGUGAGCAUCGUUGGGGAGAAAUGUUACGUCUCCUUGGUGGAGAACCUCGCGUUCGGCGACACAGAAUGUCUCAAGACCGCGUUGUCGAAAGGCAUGGGAUGGGGCAUUGUCAUCGGUAGCGGUGUCAUGAAGCUUCCCCAACUCUACAUCAUCUACAAGCGUAAAUCAGCCAGGGGCAUCUCCACCAGCGGCUCUGCAUUCGAGACGCUCGCAUACGCCGUCAACCUCACAUACGCGUACCGAAACGGGAUCCCCUUCUCGACCUAUGGCGAGAACGCCUUCCUAACCGCGCAAAAUGCCAUCCUCAUGCUCCUCCUCAUCCAAUACGCCCCCCGCCCCCGCGCCCUCACCUCUUCCACCGACUCCCGAACAACCAAACUCCUAGGCACCCUCCUAAUCAUGAUUGUCGGCUUCCUCCUCCUCCUCUUCGUCCCCCCACCCAUUCUCGCCACCUUCCAGGCCCUCACACUACCGAUCAGCAUCGCCUCCAAGGUCCCCCAAAUCAUCGAAAACCAUCGCAACAAGUCCACGGGGAACCUCUCCUGGUUCGCCGUGCUGCUCCAGACCGCCGGCUGCGGCGCGCGCAUCUACACCAUCUACCGCGAGGUCGACGACGUGCUCGUCGCGCUCGGCGCGCUCCUCGCCUUCGUCCUCAACGCCAUCAUCGGCGUGCAGAUGUGGCUGUACUGGGGCCGCGACCCCGUCGUGCACAAGGUCAAGGUGGAGGAGAAGCAGGAGCCGCUGCUCGCGCGGAGCGAGAAGGCCUUCGUCGAGCGCACGCCGCCGCACUCGCGCGCUGGUACCCCGAGCUUAUCGCGCCCCGGGACACCGCUGUCCGCAAGUCGCAGCGGGCGGAACUGGUCGAGGAAGGUGGAUUAA